GGGCAGCCGGCGCUGAGGGCCGCUCGCCAUGGCGGGCGUGGAGCUGUACUCGCAUCCCGCGCUGUACACGCGCUACCGGGCUGGGUUCUGCUCCGCCGCUGCACUGGCGCUGUUGCUCAUCACGGCGCUCACCUAUGUGCCGCCGCUGCUGGUGGCCUACCGGAGCCACGGUUUCUGGCUGAAGCAGAGCGCGUACCUGGAGCAGCCCACUGUUCGUUUCCGGUACGAGGCUCUCUUCGUCGCCACCAUCGGGUCCGGCCCGGGCAGCUUCCUGGCGUGGAGCACAUUCCCAGCGUUCAACAGGCUCCAGGAGGACCGGCUCCGAGUCCCGCUCCUGUCGACGAGAGAAGAAGACAAAAAUCAAGAUGGCAAAAUGGAUCAGUUGCAUUUUAAACUGGAACUUCCAUUACAACCAACAGAGCAUGUAGUUGGCGUUCAGCUGAUUCUACUCUUUUCCUACCAGCUUUAUAGGAUGUCAACAUUUGUGAUGCAGAGCAUGGCUUUUCUUCAGUUUUUUUCUCCUGUGCCAGGGUCUCAGCUCCACGUGAAUGGAGACUUGAAAUUAAACCAGAGGCAAUUACUUAACCACUGUGGACUGGAUACCAGAUACAAUGUGUCUGUGGUCAAUGGCACAAGUCCUUUUGCAAGUGACUAUGAUCUGGCAAACAUCAUUGCAGCAUAUUGGGAUAGAAAUGUGACAACAGUCUUUUCAGAUCCCAGCCCUGUUUGGAUGACUGGAAGAGCAACGGAUACACCAUUUAUCAUUAAUGCCACUAUUCAUUACCCAGUGGAAGUUAUCUUAUAUCAGCCAGGAUUUUGGGAAAUUAUUAAAUUUGCCUGGAUCCAGUAUGUCAGCAUCCUCCUUAUCUUUCUUUGGGUGUUCGGUAGGAUUAAGACAUUUUUGUUCCAGAAUCAGGUGUUGACUACAAUUCCAGUAUCACCAGUUCUGCCUGUAUCUCCAGUCCUAUCCUACAAACAACACCAGUCCUGAAGAGAUGCCUGAGAAGACUUUAUAGACAUGCCAUUCAAAAAUAGUUCCCUGAUUUUAUUCUCUAUACACUUCUUACUUCAGAAGAUCAGAAUUUUGUAAGUAUAUUUCAAGUAUGCUCUGUUUGUGCAUCCUUUUUAAAAUACAUGUUCAUUCACCUAAUUUCUUUAGGACCACUGCUUUGGAGCUGGAAAAGUUUAUAUUUUUGACAGUAAAAAACAGCCUAGUUAUUUUUUUGCAAAUGGAGCAUGUGUCAAAAACCAUUUUGAAAACUGAAAAUAAAAAUAUGCUAAAAGUAACAAUA